AUGACACUGAUCAGGACCUACUUCACCGGCUUCACCUCAGACUCAUCUGAUAGAAAACAACCAGAGCAUCUCUCACCAGAUGAAUCUGCUGGUACAACUACAGAUCUUUCAUCUCAAGUCCUUUACGUCGGGGCAAUCUCAUCUGGGCCUAUCUGCCCAAAGUCCUUUACAUACAAAUCAAGCAAUUGGAGUCCAAAAGAUAAGGGGCAAUCUCAUCUGGUCUCAUCUGCACCUCAAUUGUUCAACGCCACAAUCCUCACACUCUGUCCACUCAUCCAGUCCACUCAUCCAGACGUUCUUGAAAUGAGUGUUGAAAUCUCACAUAUGUUCUUCAUUGCAUUACAAGAAGUACUCUGA